AUGGGACAACCAAAGAUCAGUCUUAAAGAACUAGCUAGCAUUAAGCGAAAGGUCGUUGAGUCAAUUGAUCAGUACCUGAACAGGUUUAGACUAUUGAAGGCGCGAUACUUUACUCAAGUCCCUGAACAUGAACUAGUCGACAUGGCGGUUGGGGGUCUAGAUUAUUCUAUAAGGAAGAAACUGGAUACCCAGUACCUUAGGGAUAUGGCCCAAUUGGCCGAUAGGGUUCGACGUAACGAACGCUUGAAAGCCGAGAAGUCUAAGGCGGGUCGAUAUCAUAAAAAAGAGAAAGUGUCCUACAUCACAGUCGAAGGAGACUCUUCCGAUGACGAAGAUAUAAUCGACAGGAGUAAGGUCAACAUGGCGGAACUUAAGCCCGGACCUCCAUAUACGUGCAAGGUUUUGAAACCAUCGAAUAGGAAAAACCCUAUCGAACCAGAGAGAUUAGACAAUCACGUCGCUAAGACAUAUACGUUCGACGUGUCUAAAUGCGAUGAGAUCUUUGAUCUAUUGGUAAAAGAUGGACAUAUUAUCGUCCCUCAGGGUUUAAAAGACCCUCCCCUAGAACAAAAAAAGAAAAGGGGAUUUUGCAAAUUCCAUAAUUUCCUUGUUCACAAAACUCACCAAUGUGUUCUUUUCAGAGAUUUGGUGCAGAAAGCUCUGAAAGAAGGAAGGCUCCAGUUUGGCGAAAGGCAAAAAAUGCAGGUUGAUUUUGACCCUUUGAAGGGGAAGAAGCAUUGUAUGUUGAGCCUCUAG